GUUGUGCGAUCGAUUUGUAUUGAUUUCAUCAAACUACGCUAUUCGUGGAUCAAAAUAUAUACGUUAAUAUUUGUGAGAUAUUAUCAUUGUAAAAAUAUAUUAUAUUAUUAGGUUCGUCGUUUUAUAUUGUGAAUUGUUGAUGUGUUUAUUUCGGUAUCGUUCAUUGGUUCCAUAGGCCAUAGCAGUUACCGAAUACCUUCGGAUUGCACCUACAAUAUAAUGGACUUGCAAGCUGCCAUGGCCAAACUUUCCAUAGAAAGUCCUACUACGGCUGUUCAUUAUUCUCACUAUUCAGCCAAGUUGUAUGAAAUCUUUAUGAAAUGGUGUUCAAAAAACAACUUGAAACCACAGUACAAAAUAACCGGUAGUAAACAAGAUCAUAAUGUAAAAUUUGAAAUAAGGGUACCAAAUUAUACCUACAUAGGUGUUGGAAAUGCAGAAACUGAAGAAAUAGCUCGAAAAAAAGCAUUAGAAGAUAUCAUAUCAUACUUAGCACGUCAAAAUAGAACUCCAGCUAUUCAAAAGAAUAAAAAUAAAAUAAAGAAUGAUGACUCUAAAAUAGAUUCAACUAAAAUAAAAAAACUCGAUAGUUUGGAACCAACUGUUGGUAAUUGGACUGCUGAUACUGCUUUUGAGAAAUUAAAGGAAUUUGUUGAAUCUAACAAUAAAGAAAAUUUUAAGAUAAAUAUUGAAACUAUUAGAAAGGAUUUUGUUGUUCGUAUGUCAAUAUUUAUUGAAAAACUAAAUAAAACCAUUUCUACCUGUGAAACUGGAAAUCCAAAGAAAAAAGUUAUUCAAAAAUGCGAAGUUAAUUUAGUCAAUAAACUAUGUACAUUAGGGCUCAUUGAACGUUACUCAAGUGAUCGAGUGAAAAAAGAAAAAUUAAAUUAUAUUAAUAAUUCGUUCAAUGUUGUCAAUGUUAAUGAAAAACUAGUGAAGGAUAUAUAUAGUUUAUUAGAAGAUCUUAAUAUUAAACCAAUGAUUCAUAAAGACCAGGAUUAUGGUGAAAUUUUAAAUAGAACACCAUUGCUUCUUGACACAGUUAUUAAACCACUUGAAUCAUUAAAUCAAUUUAAUGCUUCUAAAGUGAUACAAUGGGCCCCUCCUUCGUCUAAUUGGAAUCCUUGGCUAGCUGUCAGGAUUAGUAACCCUAAAUCUUUACCUGAGAUAAGUUAUAAUAUGAAGAAAGAAUUAGAUGAAAAAAAACAAUUUUCAUUUAAUUUUCAAAAAAGGAUAAAACAACGAUCUAAUUUACCAAUAUUUAAUAAAAAGGAUGCUAUUUUGGAUAUAAUUAAAAACAAUUCUGUUGUUAUUAUACAUGGUGGCACUGGUUGUGGAAAAACCACUCAGGUUUGUCAAUUCAUACUUGAAGAGUUUAUUCAUACAAAUAAAGGAGCGUUUUGUAAUAUUGUCUGCACUCAACCUAAAAAGGUAUCAGCAAUAUCUAUUGCAAACCGAGUGAGUUUUGAAAGAGCUGAAGCUAUUGGGAAAAGUGUUGGAUAUAUAGUUAGAUUUGAUAGUACAGUACCACAGUCUUUUGGAGCAAUUCUAUUCUGUACAAUUGAAAUUUUGAUACGGAAAUUAAAGUUUGGUUUAUUUGGUAUAACACAUAUUAUUGUGGAUGAGAUACAUGAACGGCGUGCUAGCUGUGAACUUUUAUUGAUUAUUCUGAAGGACGUGGUGCAAAAGUAUCCAGAUCUUAAAGUUAUUCUCAUGUCUGCAAAUGCUAAUUUAAAUAUAUUCAGUAAAUAUUUCAACAAUUGUCCAGUUAUUGAUGUCGAGGGAAAUUGCUAUCCUGUAAAAGAUUUUUUCUUAGAAGAUAUUGUUCAAAUGGUAAACUAUAAACCAUCCUUAGCAGAAAUAAGAAGCGUUAAAAAAAAAAAAAAUAUAGACAACUCUGAUAAUUGUAAUUUAGUAGUUCCUGAUAAUUAUCCUAAAGAAGUUAGAGAAGUAGUUGCAAUGAUCAAUGAGGAUAAUCAACAUUUUAAAAUUGUUGAAUUACUGUUGAUACAUAUUGAAAAUAACUUAAAAACAGAAGGCGCUGUCUUAAUAUUUUUACCUGGAUGGGGCUGGAUUUCAGAACUCAAUAAUCAUUUACAACAAAACGAAAUAAUUGCUGAAAACUGUUCCAUUUUGCUUCUUCAUUCAUCAUUAUCUCAUGCACAACAACAUAAAGUAUUUAAACCUGUUCCACCUGGAAAGCGCAAAGUUAUUUUGUCUACAAAUAUUGCUGAAACAUCAAUUACUAUUGAUGAUGUUGUGUUUGUUAUUGAUUAUGGAAAAUCGAAGAUAGUUAGAUGUAUUAAUAAUGUAACUAGAUUUGACACAGUUUGGGUAUCGAAAGGAAAUGUGGUACAAAGAAGAGGACGUGCUGGUCGAGUUCAAGAGGGUUUCUGUUUUAAUUUAUACACAAAAGAACGUUACAACAAAAUGGAUGAUAAUAUAUUACCAGAACUAAGCUAUUGUUCAUUGAGUAAAAUUGGAUUAACUAUCAAAUUGUUAAAUUUGGGAGAUAUUUAUACAUUUUUAAAAAAAGCUAUUGAACCACCACCUGAUAAAUCUCUGUAUCGUGUUAAUGAUAUGCUAAAUGAAAUGAAAUGUCUUGAUGAGAAUGGAAACCUCACAGCUCUUGGGUAUAUUUUAGCAGAGUUGCCUGUAGAACCAGAGCUUGGGCGAAUGAUGAUUUUGGGUAAUAUACUAUUGCUCGGUGAAUCAUUGAGUGUAAUAGUUGCUCAAUCUUCAACUAAUUAUGAUUUAUUCUUGGGCCAAAACGCUGCAAAGCAUUAUUAUUCUGGCAAUCGUUGUUCAGAUCAGUUAACUUUUUUAAAUGCAUUUAUGCAGAGUGAAUCAACAUAUUAUGGUUAUUCUGCUGAUGACAAUGAUGAUUUUGUGGAAAACGAGUUAUCUACUACUGCAUUAAAAUCAACAUACAAAAUAAAAGAACAAAUAAUAAAUAAGUUUCUGAGGUUUGGUUUUCCUAAACGUUGUUUUAAAACGAAACAUUUUGAUUUUGGUAAGAAUGGAAUCUCUAAUGAGCCACAGUUGGAUAUAAUUUCAGCACUCCUUGUAUUGGGAUUUUAUCCUAAUAUUUUUCUUCAUAAGGAUAAGCGUAAGGUAAAUUUAAAGUCAAAGGAUUUUGCUGUUAUUUGUAAAUCUUCUGUUAAUAGUCCUGUAGAGGGAUCAAGUGAUCACUUUCAGUUACCAUAUUUUGUAUUUGAACAACAAAUAAAUAUAAUGUGUAUUAACUCAAGUAUGGUAAGUCCUAUACACAUUUUAUUGUUUGGUGCUCAGAAAGUAGAAUACAUUGAUGGAUUUAUUGUAUUGGAUGAUUGGAUAUAUCUAAAAAUGGAUGUUAAAGUUGCGUCUGCAAUUGUUGCCUUGCGGCCAGCAAUUGAAGAUUUAAUUAUAAGAACUGUUGAAGAUCCGAAAUUGAUUUUAAAACCUACUAAAACUGAUACUAAGCUAAUUAACAUUUUGAGAUAUUUAUGUGAUUUUAACGCAGGAAGACAUAAUUUACCCCCUAUAACAUUUGAUACUUGUGAGAAUAAAAACAAGAAUAAAGAGACUGAAGAAAAAUGAAACAUAUUAUUAAAACUCUUAAUAUAGGAAAUGUAUUAACCAAAACAAUUUUAAUUAUUAUUUUAUUUGUGCAACUUUUGUUGAAAAUUUAAAUACUAAUUCAUUUAUUUAAACUUUUCUAAUUAGAUAUUAUGUUAUACAUUUCAAUAUCGAUUUAAUUAUUUUUAUAAUCCUGUCUAUAUAAUAUUUACUUGUAUUGUGUGUGUAUACCUAAUAUUAUAAUAAGAUUUUUUAUUAAUUAAAAUUAAAGUUUGUUA